CUUUGAGUUUACCAGGUUUUCAGGUGUAAUGGAUGUGAAAUAUGAUUUCAAAUCAGAAGCAAAUCGUCCGAAAUGGGAAAGAUUUUUAAUUGAAGGACUCGAACGAAUAUUGUCAGAAAUACAUCCAACAUUGACGUUGACCGAAGCAGCUGCUCUCUACAUCCAAGAUUUGAUAUUAAGCAAAUGUCUUUAUCCUAUUUGUACAACUCCCUCCAACGACAUCGAAGUAAUCAAAGGUGUCAUUAUGAACAAAUUUCCCCCGCCACUGAACAACUGGGCGAUUACAGAAGCUCAGGAGUCUAUAGACAAGAGGCUGCAAAAGAAUGGAAAGGCCCUCACACAAGGAAAAAUUCAGUUUCUUGUACCUUACACACAGCUGCGCGCUCUUGUGUGCAAAGAGUUUUUCCAGAUGCCCAUUAAUGAGGUCAAUGAAGAUGUAAUGUGGCUCAUCGCUGGAUGUGUGGAAUUCCUCUGUGUAGACCUCUUUAGGUUAAUUGGAUCGUUCGUCAAAAACUUGAAAUGUGUCGAAGUCAAAGUUGAGGAUGUCAGAAAUGCUCUUUGCGCAGACAAGGUUUUGCUAGAAGUGCUCGAAAUUAGUCGUGAUGUCAAUGAAAGACCUGUGCUAGAUGAUGCGCAGCUAACAUCGGAAAUCGAAAAUUUAGACAAAGAUGCGAAAACAGAACGAUAUCAUCACAUAGUCAAACAUCUGAAGGCAGAAGAGCAACAGAAUCAGAGAAAUAUUCAGAUGAUCAUAUACGUAUUCAUUAGUCCAUUGGAAAAGCUAGAAAAUGGUCCUAAGGAGAAAUUUGACGAAAUCUUCCACACAAUUCACUCACUUCACGAAAUAUCCAAUCAAUUCUUGCCGAAAUUAGAAGAAACUUUAGAAUUCUACGGAAAUGAAACUCCGCUGGUCGGGGAUGCGUUUCUCGAGUUUGCAGAACUCAUGUCUUUAGGACCCUACGUUAGUUUCGCACACAAUAUAGCAGAUGAUCAGGUGGAAUACAUGGCCAAGUAUAACGAAUUCCUGUCGAACAAAGCCAUACAAGCCUAUUUUGAGAGGACAAAAAAAGAAUUGGGCUACAGUGCAUCGGAAUUGUACAAAUAUGUGCUCCCGAGGCUUAUGUACAAUUUAGUAUCACAUGCAGCUACGCAUUUUGAACGCCUCAAUGCUCUCCUCAUUACAAGUCCAGAAAAGAAAGACCGAUAUGAGCUGAGUCAAGCUUUGAGCUGUCUGAAGCCAUAUCUGAAUGAACUGAAACAGAUGUCUGAAUAUUUGCCCAAACGAGAAGUCUACUUUCGCUUCGUGCCCAAACCCAUCAACGGGGAGGCGAUCGAGCGGGUAGACGAGUUGAUCCGAAAUCUGAUGGGCAUAGAUGAAGAGACGAGGAGCAGAAUGUUUAAAUCGGGAGGCGAAAUUAUUAUGGAGGGCGAAUGGCAUCGCGUGUGCGGAACAGACAAGAAAUCCCGCCUGGUGUUUCUUCUGGACGGAUUUAUUCUGUGUUGUCGAAGGAAGGGAAACCAGUACAGAGUGAAAGAGUGGUUCCGGAUGCGCGAGAUUGAAAUCCUAGACCACAAAGAACACCCAAGUUCAACGACCCAGUCUGAAGCCAGUUCUGGUGCAGCGGCGGAUUCUAGUCAGCAUCAUUCGAUGACCUUCCAGAUCAAUGUUAUAGACUCCUCGGCGCCAUCAUCGUCGACCCACUCCCCACCAUUAGUGUUUCACCACCAUCAUUCGAAGUCCUCACACGAGGCAUUUGUCUAUUCGUGUGACAACCUUACGGAAAAGCAAGACUGGAUGGUUGCAAUGCUGUCAGUCCACUCUAGAGGAACAUUGGAGCGAAUCUUGGACAAGUAUAUCGCUGAAGAGGAGCGAAAACAGCCUUUGCGAGUCCCAGCUCCGGAUAAGUACUGUUUCGCAGAACCAGACAAGCGAGAAGGAGACGUGAACAUCAUCACCGAUUCUAAGUCAGGAGUGUCCAAGGUGAAAGAGGCAACGUUGCCAAAACUAGUCGAACGGCUGACUUUCCACUUGCACGCAGACCACGCUUAUAUCGAAGAUUUCUUCACAACCUACAGGUCCUUCUGUGAGCCGACAGAUCUGUUCAAUCUGCUCAAGAUCAGGUUUAACAUUCCGGACAUUGAGCCCACAGAGGAGGAGAAACAGACAUAUACUACGAUGGAGCCGCCCAGUGUAAGGAAGUUCAAGAAGGAGUACGCUCAUCCAGUUCAGUCUAGAGUUCUGAAUGUGAUGCGGUAUUGGAUCAACAACCACUACGAAGACUUCAAAAAGGAUCCCGCGCUCCUAGGAUUAGUUCACAACUUCAUCCAGGAAGUGUCAGAGAACAAGAAGUGGAAGAACUACUGUGCCAGUAUACGGAAGCUCCUCAACAACCAGGCGGAGGACGUGAAAAAGAAGCCGGAAAUAGUGCGCAAUGAGAAUGCGCCCAGGGUGGAGUGGCACUUAGCGACUCCUAUGGAUCCCAGCACAUUCAAUUUAAUUACGCUGCACCCUCUGGAGAUAGCGCGUCAGAUCACCUUGAUAGAGUCGGAGAUGUUCCGCAAUGUUACCCUGAGUGAGCUGACCAACUUCGGCUGUUGCUCCUCUAAGGACAGAGACCAGAAGCGACGAAUGUUCCCCAAUGUGGUAGCAUGGCAGAAUUUCAACAAUAAGAUCAGCUACUGGCUCACGUUCAGUAUCCUGGACACGCCUGCUUUGGAGGAGAGACUGGCUCUGCUGGUUAGGGGUUGGGAGAUCGCACAGGCGCUGGAGGAACUCAACAACUUCUCGGGAGUGCUGCACGUCAUAUCGGGAUUGAACUACUCGGCUGUCAGUCGACUCAAACUCACACACGAGAAACUUCCAAAAGAGACGAAAGACAUCAAACACGGUCUGAUUUCGAAGUACAUCGACAGCAAUCUCAAGUUUUACAAGGACGCUCUGAAGAAGACAAAUCCACCACUCGUGCCUUAUUUAGGAAAUACCUUUACAAAUGUUCUUCAUAUCGAAGACUCAGCUAAGACUCAUACUAGCAACACAUUGAUCAACUUCUCCAAAUGUCGGCUCAUUUCAACACAGUGCAGGGCAAUUAUGAUGUACCAGCCGAUGCCGUACAACCUGAAACCAAUGGAAUCAAUCCAGGCAUACCUCCAGAGUCAAGACCCAGUGGGAUCUCACACAGAAGGAGAAUGGGCGGACAAAUUGUACGACAUGUCUCUGCAGUUGGAGCCCAGGGAUUCGAACUUCAGUCUUAAGCAGCCUUCUUCGAAAGUGGACAAGAAGUACCUCAACGUAUCUCUGAAGAGUCCAGGCAUCAAGCCCUCUCCAGGGUCAAAAAUGGUGUCAAAAUUGAGUCAGAGCAAGACCAGCAUGUCCGGUGACUCAAUCGGCGAGUCUAAAAUUACCACCUACGCCAGACCAAGUGCACCCAACUCAUCCACUGCAUCCACUAGGGCCAGAAGCUCGCUCUCAAACAGCAAUAACAGUGACUCGACUAGUCCACUGGCGCCUAGCACUCCGAAGUCUCUGCUACCCGAGCGAUACCCCUUCCAGAGUCCACUGCACGGUCAAGGACAGUUUGCUACGAUAGCAUCGCCUGUGGAUCUUGAGCAGAGUUAUAAACAGCACAUAAUGCACCAAAACAUCAAGCACUCUGGUACCACUUCCCGCAGACACAGAACGCCCUCGGGCAGCAGCCAGGUCUCCCUCCAGUCCAAGCACUCCCUCUCCAGUGCCUUCCAGUUUCCGCCGGCAAGUUCCAUGUAUUCUUCACAGUCGACAGUGGGCAUGGGACAAGGAGUAGGGAGCUUAAUAUCAGGCAACCACAGGUUUUCAACAUCGAUGUCACCGGACAAUAUGAAGAGAUCCCGCAUCGGAAGUGGUUCCAUAUCCUCAAUGUCUUCGCCCAAGUCCUCCCUUAGUUCAAUUGGAAGUACUAGUACUCUAGUAAGUGAAAUGGGAGGCAGCAGUGUAAUUGGGCUGUCUUCCAUGAGUCUGUCUCGUAUGGGGGGAAGCGGAGGGGGAGGGUCCCAACAUUCGCCUGCCUCAGAUACCACCCCGCCUAACUCAUCUGGAUACAACAAGAUGAACAGCCAACAGCACUUCGCCUUCAACAAUGCAGCCAGUGCAGCAAUCUAUAACCAGCCGGGAAAUUUGAGCAAUCACACCUCCGGAAGUCAACAGUUCUCGCCUUCAUCGGCAGAUUCGGGAAACUUUUCCUAUUCGAUGCCUAGUCCCGCAAUUCCCAACAGACCCCCUCCAGUGCCACCCAGGCACCCCCUAGACUUCUCACCCGAUCAGAUGACUCCAACCAGGUCAAACAGCAAUGAUUACGCACCCACGCCCCCUCCGAAAGGGGGAGGGGUGUCACCUCCUGAAAAGAUACCGCCUCGCACACCUCUGAAUAACAAGUGCUUCACGCCUCCGUCUUCAGCAAUGUCCCGAGUGGGAUCAACAGACAGCAAGAAAUUUCACUUUACCAACGAACACUCUUCUAUGAAUGAGAACAACAAUUCAAUAGACAGCAUGUCAAGGCGAUCUAUGUGCAUUGAGUCUCUCAGCAGUCCAGAUGUGAUGGAGGAAAAAGAAAAGACGCAAAAGAACCGCAACUCCAAACCACCAAUGCCUCCUCCGAGAAUCACCCACCGGCGAUCGGACCUCGGAUCCGUGUCAUCUACAGCGACGGUGGAAACAUUGGGCAAUAACACGACGACCCCGCCACCAGAAAUACCAGCGAAAACUUACAAAUUCCCAGCCAUGCCUGCCUCUUAAUUUGAAUUAAACUUAUAGACAUAUAUAUUUCCAUUCUAUUUCCUAAAAUAAAGUUUGAUCUAAUUCGUGUUAGCGCAUUUGUUUUACUGUUCAUAAUAUCCAUAAGUCUAAUUUCUUGUAAUUUACCGAUGUAGUGAAUUGUGAUUGAAUUUUAUACUGUAAAUCAAAGCGGAGAUCGAGUGCAACCAAUGAGCGGUGAACCAAAUGAAUCAACAAACUCCAUUGGGUUACCUAGUUUUGGAGCGAUUUCAAACUCCUUGUGGAUUGUUGAACUCAACGCAUAAACUUAAUAUUUUCUGAUAGUUUAAUUUGUUCAGUGGGAGAAUUGAUAAGUUAGACUGUGAGUUUUGACUGGUGCUAUAGCUUGUUCGCUCUUUUUAAGUGACAUUUAAAUCAAGC